GGGUGGGAGGAACAGAAGCGGCUGUAACCUGCUGCCCGUGGUUACUAGCGUGAUUAGCUAACACUACCGUUCUGCUGCGAGCUUCAGAAGGAAGUCCCCGGUUAUCGCUCGGAGGAGACCGCCGUGCCUUAUCAUUAAAUACAACCAGAGGUGAAGUAAUGAGAGUGGAGGAGUGAAGAAGGCAGGUGUCCCGAUUGAACAUUGGCAGGCAAGUGGGAAGCCAGGCAGAGAUGCUGGAGGCGGAUUCAGACCCAGCAGCGGCAGCAGUGCAGGGAGUAGAGGAGGCAGAGAUGGGGAGUGGAGACUUAAAAGCUGAGGUGCUUAGACUGACUCUGGAGCUUCAGGAGGCCACUGAGGAGAAGCUUCAGGCAGCCCGGUAUGGCCUAGUGGUGCUGGAGGAAAGUUCUGCCCUUAAGGUGAAGCACAGACAACUGGAAGAAGAGCAUGAAUCCCUCAAAACGGAGCUACAGCAGCUAAGAGAGGCAUUUGCAGAUUCUGUUAGCAGCCAGAAGCGUGCAGCUGCUGAUGGAGAGUGCCGGGAGGAGAGCUUACUGCAGGAGACUGCCAGUAAGGAGGCUGCCAUGGCAACCCGCAUGGAGGAGGUUCAGGCAGAGCUGAAGCAAGCACGCCUUGCUCUAAGCAAUGCUCAUGCCGAAAUCGAUAGACUGGGGGUCGUCUCCACCCAGUUGAAGAAGGAGUGUGAGUGUCUGGAGGCCGAGAAAGGCCAUCUGAGGGAUGAGAUGAAAGAGUAUAAAGUACGUGAACUACGCCAAUUGCAGGACAAUGGCGAGCUUGAAGAAGAAAACAUAUCUCUGCAAAAGCAGGUGUCCGUGCUUAAGGAAAACCAGGUUGAAUUUGAAUCAAUCAAGCUGGAGUUGACCCAGAAGAAUGAGGAGCAGGACGAGCUGCGUGCACAGCUGGAUGAGGCAGCGAGGCUGAGGGAGAUUGCAGAGAGGCAGCUGGAUGAGGCCCUGGAAGCCCUGAAGGAGGAGAGGGAGCAGAAGAACAGUCUGCGAAGAGAGCUCUCUGCCCUGACCCUCAAUCCCUUUGACUCAGUAGGGAACCUGGAACUCCACCUGGAUCAGCUGGAUGAUAGCCAGGAGGAGGGCCAGGGGGGAGAGGGAGAAGGUGAAGGUGAGGGAGAGGAACAGGACAGUGGCUAUAACAAUGGUCCUGGGUCUGCUCCCAGUUCUGCUCGCCCUCCUCACUUAGGUGGCUCCAAAAGUAACGGCCUCAUCCAUCGCUACUCAACUCCUCGCAACAGUGAUGUAUUCUUGCGUGCUCCGGCAUCUGGGUUGGUGUCAGACCUCUUGAGUGAACUACACUUUUCUGAUAGUCAAAAACUAAAACAACAACUCCUACAGGCAGAACGAGAGAAAUCAGGCCUGGCUAACAAAGUGGAGGAACUGCAGAUGCAGCUGGUAAUGUCUAAACAGGCACUUAGUCAGCAAGAGGACAAGGUUGGAUCUCUCACCCAGCAGCUGGAGGCUGUACAGAGCAGCCAGCAGCACAAUCAGGAAGCAGAAGACAGGGCUGAUGAUGAGACAGAGAAUGGAGAAGGUGACGAUGCUGUCUUUGACUACGAGGUGGACACCAAGAGCAAGGAGGUGCUGGAGGCACGGAUGCGGGCAGCUAGUGAAGAGCUUCUGAAGCUAAGAGAUGAACUGUCUCAGGCAGGGACUCGUUAUAACACCUUAGAGCAGCGAUACAAGCAGGAGAAGGAUCGUUGGAGGGCAGAGGCCCAGGAAUUGGCUGACAAGAUCCGCCAGUGCAUCAAGUCCAGCAAGCAGGAUCAGGAACGCAUCAGUGAGUUAGAGAAGGAGAUUGGAGCCACAAGGAAGGUGGCAAUUGAUUCAGAAGGGCACUUGAGUGUUGCCCAAGAAGAGCUGUUGGCCUUCUCUGAGGAGCUGUCCAACUUGUAUCACCACAUCUGCGUAUGCAACAACCUGACACCCAAACGAGUCACUUUGGACUAUUAUCGUGAUGGCGCCCGGGCAAGUGGUGGAGCAGCAAGUGGGCGAAGACCACACCAUGUCUACCCCCAGCAUAGCACCCAGAAAAAGCAGCGCCCCAAUGACAUGUUCAUCUCCAAAGCUGCAGCAUUACAGUUCAUGGGAGAGGUGGACAGUGCAGGAAGCAGUGCAGGAGACACGCCUAAUUGCCCUGGAUCACCCACCCUGGACUUCAGGGACCCUUCCAAUGUGCGCAACUUGGUAGCUGUCAUCCGCUGCCAGAUCAAACACCUCCGGGUGGCAGUGGACCUCUGUCGUCAGAGGGGUGCGAUGCCUUACUCAGGGCUCAGUGCUAGCGGAGAGUCAGAACGGGAUGCCGAAAGCCUUUUGGAGGAGGUACUAAAACUCAAGUCCCUCCUCAGCACGAAGAGAGAACAGAUUGCUACUCUAAGGACUGUUCUCAAGGCUAACAAGCAGACUGCAGAGUUAGCCCUGUCCAAUUUGAAAACCAAGUAUGAGACGGAGAAAAGUAUGGUGUCAGAGACUAUGGUAAAGCUACGCAACGAGCUCAAAGCCCUGAAGGAAGAUGCUGCCACCUUUUCUUCUCUCCGAGUCAUGUUUGCUAGUCGGUGUGACCAAUAUGUCACUCAGCUGGAUGAGAUGCAGAGGCAGCUGGCAGCAGCUGAGGAUGAGAAGAAGACACUGAAUUCCCUGCUGCGUAUGGCCAUCCAGCAGAAACUGGCUCUUACUCAGCGUCUGGAGGAUCUAGAAGCCCCUAUGUCUCCUCACAGCUUAAACAGCAGCCCCCGCCGCUCCCGGGCUAAGGAGUUGGGCACCAAAUCGGGUCGGGCCCCUCGAAGCCCCCGAAGCAGUCCUGCACGACCCCCGAUGAGGAGCAGUCCACGAGCCAGUCCCGUUCUUGGCAGCAGUGUUCCAGCGAUGGCCACACACCACCUGCGAGCACUAACCCGAAGCCUCCACACAAGCCCACGCUGAAACACUCCUUCCAUUACUCCAAACCCCCUCUUCUCCAUAAGGACCUGUCUUCAUGUUGACUCCCUGGCUCCUUCCUUUCCUGACUCAAGACAUCCUGUUCAUCCCAGAUUUGAUGCUACAUUCCCCACUCUACCCACCAGAACCAUGGAUUUUAAGUAAAAAAAAAAAAAAAAAAAAAUCUCUCAUCUUGCCCUCUUGGUUUUCUCUGCUUGGAACAGAGAAACCUGCAUGCAGCCUGGUGACGGAUGAAGAGACCUAAUGUGCUGCUCAUUGCUUUGUGACUUCAUUGACUUUGUCUUGUCCUAAUUGGUUCCAAUUUCCAUUUGGUCUUUUGACGCUAUGUGUUGUGAUGAACCACUGACAGUAUUUAUUCCUGAAAAGGACACUUUCCAUGUGCAGUAUUUACUGUCCCCAGACUCUUAUGUAAGGCUAUGACCUGUUUCAAGUCUUUACCCUCUUUGCCUUUAGUCUGGCAUCUUUGUCAGGCCUGUGUGGCAUAUGUUAGUGUCAGUAAGAUAUUAGAUCAUUAGUGAUAACCAGACUGUAGUUUUUAUAGAGCACUGCAGCCUUACUAAUAGAGUUGCUAAGUAGUAAGUAGUCGAGCUUGCUAUCGUUUCAAAGUUCCUCCCUGCUACUGAUAAUACUGUUACAUCCUUUGACAUGUGUGGCCCCUCGGCUUUGGCUUUUCAGCCACUCCCUUUAACUAGAAGUCAGUAAACAUGCCAUUUAAAUGAUGGAAAAAGAUCAGCCAUUAGUACACCAUCUCAGGUCAAAUACAGAAUUAUUAAGUACAUGAGGUGGAGAUCUCUAAUGUGCAUCUUACUUUGCAAACUAUGCAGACCAAGUCAGGACAGUGCCUCUGAACUUCUGUUGUUCUUUAAGAUUAGGGUAGGUUCCAAAACAUACCUUCACUUUUCUUCUGUUAAUAUCAGUGGCUGGCUGCAGCUAUUUUACCACAGUCACUUUAGCAUCUCUUACCAUAAGCAGCUUGUGGAAGUCCUCUGAUGCAGAAGUGGCACAGGUUCAAAUAUCACACUGACUGGCAGUGUACUCUUCUUCUUGUCAGGCUCCAGAAUUGAAGUGGCUUAGGUUUACUCAAAUCUGAUGCAAACAUGUUUGCCCAUGCUCAUUACUCUCAAUUACAUAGUCAUGGUGACAGCUCCCAUUUAGCAUCUCUUUCCUCCUCUCUCAUUUGAUCAGCUAAGCAACAAACAUUGUUUUGUAUUUCAUCAGUGUUGCCAUGCUUUUUAUGUGCUACCAAAGUAAGCAUGUUGUCAUGACAAGCUUGUUUUUUUUUUUCCUGUGGCUACAGAAUCUACUGUACUCACUUAGGAAUACUAAUAGUGCUAUCAAGCUGCUGUUGGGUUGCUGCUUGUAAAUAAGUAAUGUGUUACACUUUUUAGGAAAGUAUUAUACAGUGCUUUACAGCUGAUAGCAGAAUACAAUUGAAUGCAAAAAACAUAAUUUUUGCUAGUCAGAGCUCCACAAACAUGGGGCCUGGAAUGCACAGAAAAGAUUAAAACAAACCUGUUGUUGGUGCAAACAUUUGACCAAUUGUAAAAUAGACUGAUGCCUGUUUUGACAACAUCAGCGCAUAAAGUUACAUGUGGCACUUUUUAAUGCCACUUGUCAAACUAAGUGAGAGAGACCUUUCAAUUAAAGUGACUUGAUGAAGACCAAUCAUGAUCUUUCAGACCACCGCUGGAAAUGGCUGUUUAAAGAAUAAGAAGUGAAUGCAAGGAAAUUUGAGUUUUUGUGAUUAUUUUUAGCUUACCUGUCCUGUGGUUUAGAAGAAGCCACAACCUGCUGAUUUGUUUGUUUUAGUGCCUUGGUUUUGAUCUUGUCUGGUUUUAGACUACAUCAAAUUUUCUAAAUGAAGGCUACUAUUCAACACUGUACUUGUAAUUCUGUUUGUUUUAUUUGCUUGUGGAGAAUCUGAUGAAGGACAGUUCACACUGAAUGAAACGAUAUCUCAUUUUGUUAGAAUAUUUUCACAUUUUAGCUUAUUUCCCUUAUAGAAUUUAAUUAGUGUCAACUAAUGUAUCAUUAGGUUACAUUUGACAUAAGCUUCCCCUGGAAUUAUCACAAUUUAUGCCAAUUUCAUAAAAUGAAAAUGACUAUUGCACGAAGACUGAAUGCAGUAAUGUACAAUGUUUUGUUUUUUUCCAUCCAGGGGAACCCAGGCUGUUGAUUUCUGACUGUAUAAAAACUCCUGCUAAGAAGUGAAAAUGCUUUAACUCAAUGUGUUGUUACACUGAAGGUUGUAAAUGGAUUUCCUAAUCUAUUUAAUUCACUCUGUGCAGAUGUUUAAUUUAAUUACCACUGUUGUAUAAUAUUUUAACUGUAUUUAUGUGUUCUGCAUUCUGUGUAAAUUGUUCUAGAAAAUGACAUGCACACACUCAGUCAAACACUUUUGGUGGUCCUCAACUUUUUACGUGUAUGCAAGUUCCUUUCAUUGACCUGUGAAUCACUUUUGUCAUGAAGAAUAAAACAAGCCAACACUGUA